UUAGACACUUUAAAAUUCGGCGACUACUCUCAGCGCUCCAGCUCCUCUUAAUCAGCAAGUGCAUUGGCAAACAACAAAGCAAACAUGUGGCGAUUGCUUCCAUUGCGACCAACAACCGCGCCUGCGCUCACCAGACAGCGUCAUCACAGCCGCGUAAUUGCCAUACGUCGCGAGGAUCAAUCGGUUUGGGAGCGUCGUGCGCCAUUUGGACCCACGCAUGUCCAGAAGCUUGUCAAGCAGGGCGUCAAGGUCAUUGUACAGCCCUCCAAUCGACGUGCCUAUCCUAUGCGGGCAUAUAUGCAAGCUGGUGCCCAGAUACAGGAGGACAUUAGCGAUGCUUCCGUGAUCUUUGGCGUUAAGCAGGUGCCCAUCGAUGCGUUGAUUCCGGGCAAGACAUACUGCUUCUUCUCGCACACGAUCAAGGCGCAAGAAUCGAAUAUGCCACUGCUGGAUGCCAUACUCGAGAAGAAAAUCCGCCUCAUCGACUACGAGCGCAUCAUUGAUGAGCGCGGCGCCCGCCAGGUGGCGUUUGGCAAAUACGCAGGAGUAGCUGGCAUGGUGAACAUCCUGCAUGGCAUUGGCUUGCGCCUGCUGGCGCUGGGCCAUCAUACACCCUUCAUGCACAUAGGACCUGCGCAUAACUAUCGCAACUCCUCGAUGGCCCGCCAGGCGAUUCGCGACUGUGGCUAUGAGAUAUCGCUGGGCAUGAUGCCCAAGUCCAUUGGACCAUUGACCUUUGUGUUUACCGGCUCCGGCAAUGUGUCCCAGGGUGCGCAGGAAGUGUUCUCCGAGCUGCCCGUGGAGUAUGUGCCGCCAGAGAUGCUGCGCAAAGUGGCAGAGCACGGCAAUCAAAAUAAGCUGUACGGCUGCGAGGUUAGCCGCUCGGAUCAUUUGGAGCGUCGCGAGGGCGGCGGCUUUGAUGCCAAGGAGUAUGAUGAGUUUCCCGAACGUUAUAUUUCCACAUUUAGCCAGAAAAUUGCGGCCUACGCUUCGGUCAUUCUCAAUGGCAUCUACUGGGCUGUGGGCAGCCCAAAGCUAAUUAGCAUUCCGGAUGCCAAGAAUCUGCUACGUCCGGCCAACACGCCCUGGCUGCCGACCAGCAAAGGCAGCCCUGCACUGCCACAUCGCAUGCUCGCCAUUUGUGAUAUAUCCGCCGAUCCGGGCGGCUCCAUAGAGUUCAUGAAUGAGUGCACCACAAUCGAUACGCCCUUCUGUCUGUACGAUGCGGACCGCAACAAGGAUACCAAAAGUUUCAAGGGACCCGGAGUGCUGGUCUGCUCCAUUGAUAAUAUGCCCACGCAGCUGCCUCGCGAGUCUACCGAUCUUUUCGGUGAACUCCUAACGCCCCAUGUCCAUGAUAUCAUCAGGAGCGAUGCCAAAAAGCCGCUGCACGAAGAGAACUUUUCCUAUCCCAUACAGUCGGCAAUUAUCGCUAGCAACGGCGAGCUGACUGAGGGUUUCCAGUAUAUUCAAGAGCUGCGCGAUUCGCAGAGCAAUCGCUCGCGCCACAAGAUGGAAGGCCUUUCCGAGUCGCACAAGAAGGUACUGGUGCUGGGCGCCGGCAUGGUCUCGGCGCCGUUGGUCGAGUGGCUGCAUCGGGAGAAGGAUGUGAGCAUAACGGUGUGCUCGCAGGUAAAGGAGGAGGCGGAUCGCUUGGCCCAACAGUAUGCGGGCGUGGAUAGCGUCUAUUUGGACGUGCACGAGAGCACCGGGCAUCUGCAGGAGCUGUGCGGCAAGGCGGAUGUGGUUGUCUCUCUGCUGCCCUACAGCCUGCAUGGCAUGAUUGCGCGCUACUGUGUGGCGGAACGCACCCACAUGGUCACCGCCAGCUAUCUGAAUGAUGAGAUAUCGGCACUGCAUGAGGAGGCGCGUGCGAAUGGUGUGACAAUCAUGAAUGAGGUGGGCCUAGAUCCGGGCAUUGAUCAUCUGUUGGCCCUGGAGUGCAUACACGAGGUGCAGGAGAAGGGCGCCGUUGUUGAAUCCUUUGUCAGCUACUGUGGCGGCCUGCCCGCACCGGAGCACUCCAAUAAUGCGCUGCGCUACAAGUUCUCGUGGUCGCCGCGUGGCGUGCUGCUCAAUACCUUGUCGGCUGCCAAAUAUCUGAGCCAGGGCCAGAUUGUGGAGAUCUCUGGCGGUGGCGAGCUGAUGUCCAAUCCACGCAGCUUGGACUUUUUGCCUGGCUUCGCGCUCGAGGGCUUCCCGAAUCGCGAUUCCACCAAAUAUGGCUCGCUCUAUGGUCUGGGCCGGGAUGUGCACACGCUGCUGCGCGGCACCAUACGCUACAAAGGCUUCUCCGAGUCCAUAAAGCCCAUGCAGCUGUUGGGCCUGAUUGAUCCAGAGCCGAAUGCCCUGCUGCAUCCCAGCGGACCGGAUGUCACAUGGCGGCAGCUGGUCACACAUCUGCUGGGCAUGUCCGAUACGAGCAUCUUCUAUGAGAACCUCAAACAGAAGCUAGUCGAGCGUCUGGGCGAUGUGGAUGGCAUCGAGAGCCUGGGUCUGCUGGAUGAAACCCCUGUUGUUAAGCUUCAUUCCCCGCUGGAUACGCUCAGUCACUAUUUGUCCAAGCGUUUGGCCUUUGAGCGUGACGAGCGCGAUCUGGUCGUGCUGCGCCACGAGGUGGGCAUACGUUGGCCCGACGGUCGUCGCGAGGAGCGCGGCAUCAAUUUUGUUGUCUAUGGCCAGCCGCAGGGACACUCCGCCAUGGCCAUGACCGUGGGCAAGCCUGCUGCCAUUGCGGCUAAAAUGAUUCUGGAUGGUGAGAUCCAGGAACGCGGCGUGCUGCUGCCCUUCACGCCGGACAUCUAUCGCCCCAUGCUGCAGCGUCUGCGCUCCGAGGGUCUGACUGCCACGGAGACAUCCAGAUGGCUCAAUUAGUUACCUGCCGAAUUAGCACCUAGUUUUUCGCUGAAUACAAUCCAUAAAUUCUUCUUCUUUAGAUUCUAUCUAAUUCUCUGUUGCACUUCAAUUAUGUGUGUGUUUAUGCCCCGUUUAUUUAUAGACCUGUUUUUUUCCAGUCAUCAAAAUUUAGAUAAGACUGCACUGUUAUCUGUAUACUAUAUACUUAUAUGUAUGAUAUGUACUUAUGAUUACACUUGUUUUAUUUUUUUUUUUGGGGCAGGAAAUUAACAACGUCGAUUUUAAUACACAGUUUUAUACAAUUGUGAUUUAACGAAACAUUUUAUCAAUCAGUUUCGUUCAUAUGAACGAAUUUGUUUGAAGGAAAAUUCGGCUUCGAUUGACUAUCUUAUCAAUUGCUGAUAAAUCGUCCAAAUCCGUAAAAGCUAGAAAAUUGAAUUUUUCAGAUUUGAUGCAUUAUUUAACAAUUCCACGAGAAGCAGUGAAAAAAGGGGGAAAAAACAAUUGUAUAAUAUUUUACUAGAGUUAAACUCAUUUCAAGAAAACUAGAGUGAGAAUGUAAGAAUGUAAAGAGAAAGCGUUAGUUCCGGUAUUAAGUCCAGACUGAUUGAUAAUCAGCGUAGAGAAUCAACCAUAUAGACAUCGAAGAUAUAUAUAUGUAUAUGUAUCGAAGAUAUAAUGAUUGUAAUUUUCACACGUUU